UUCUCCUCCCCCGCGCAGGCCUGCGGCUCCUCCCUGCACCACCUUUGGCCAAGCCGCGGGCGGGGACCGGCAGACGGCACGAAUUCCCAGCGGCUUCAUCCGCAGCAAGCAUCAGUGGGGAAGGUGCGUUCUCUGCUUUUAACUCUCACUGCCCCCCCGCCGCCAUGGAGCUGCCUGAGAGCCAGUGCAAGAAAGUCAAGCUGAGCAACAGAGUGCCCAGCUGGGGAAUGCAAAGGGCAACCAAUGUUACCUACCAAGCUCAUCAUGUCAGCAGAAAUAAGAGAGGCCAAGUCGUAGGAACAAGGAGUGGCUUUCGUGGAUGCACAGUCUGGUUAACAGGUCUGUCUGGUGCUGGGAAGACUACAGUGAGUAUGGCAUUGGAGGAGUAUUUAGUAUGCCAUGGCAUUCCAUGCUACACAUUGGAUGGUGACAAUAUUCGCCAAGGCCUUAAUAAGAAUCUGGGUUUCACACCGGAAGAUAGAGAAGAAAACGUUCGUCGUAUUGCUGAGGUUGCUAAACUGUUUGCAGAUGCUGGUUUAGUGUGCAUUACUAGUUUCAUCUCUCCUUACACUCAGGAUCGUAAUAAUGCCAGACAAAUUCAUGAAGGGGCAAGUUUGCCUUUUUUUGAAGUUUUUGUGGAUGCUCCAUUGCAUGUCUGUGAGCAGAGAGAUGUUAAAGGACUCUAUAAGAAGGCCAGGGCUGGAGAAAUUAAAGGUUUUACUGGGAUUGACUCUGAGUAUGAAAAACCAGAAGCCCCGGAGCUUGUGCUGAAAACUGAUUCCUGUGAUGUGAAUGAUUGUAUACAACAAGUUGUGGAACUUCUUCAAGAAAGGGACAUUGUACCAGUGGAUGCCUCUUAUGAGGUGAAAGAGCUUUAUGUGCCAGAAAACAAGCUGCAGUUGGCCAAAUCUGAUGCUGAGUCUCUGUUAACCUUGGAAAUAAAUAAGGUGGACAUGCAGUGGGUGCAAGUGCUAGCAGAAGGUUGGGCAACACCAUUGAACGGCUUUAUGAGAGAGAGGGAAUACCUGCAGUGCCUUCACUUUGACUGCCUCCUCGAUGGGGGAGUUAUUAAUCUGUCAGUGCCUAUAGUGCUAACAGCUACUCAAGAAGACAAAGACAGGCUGGAUGGGUGUACAGCAAUUGCAUUGGUGUAUGAAGGGCGCCGUGUGGCCAUUCUCCGUAAUCCCGAAUUCUAUGAGCACAGGAAAGAAGAGCGCUGUGCUAGGCAGUGGGGAACGACAUGCAAGGAACAUCCCUACAUCAAGAUGGUUAUGGAGCAAGGGAACUGGCUUGUAGGUGGAGAUUUACAGGUCCUUGAUCGUAUUUACUGGAAUGAUGGGCUUGAUCAAUACCGUCUCACUCCAGCUGAGCUGAGGCAGAAAUUCAAGGAUAUGAAUGCUGAUGCGGUCUUUGCAUUCCAGUUACGCAACCCAGUGCACAAUGGGCAUGCACUUUUAAUGCAAGAUACUCAUAAGCAGCUUUUGGAACGUGGCUACAGGCGCCCAGUUUUACUCCUGCACCCACUUGGAGGCUGGACAAAGGAGGAUGAUGUUCCUCUUAUGUGGCGCAUGAAGCAACAUGCUGCAGUACUGGAAGAGGGAGUCUUGAAUCCUGAAACAACAGUGGUGGCUAUAUUCCCUUCCCCCAUGAUGUAUGCUGGACCAACUGAGGUUCAGUGGCACUGCAGAUCACGGAUGGUUGCAGGAGCUAACUUCUACAUUGUAGGGCGAGAUCCAGCAGGGAUGCCACACCCUGACACUGGGAAAGAUCUCUAUGAACCAACUCAUGGUGCCAAAGUGUUGACAAUGGCUCCAGGCCUCCGAGCACUGGAAAUUGUACCCUUCAGAGUUGCAGCUUACAACAAGAAAAAGAAGUGCAUGGAUUAUUAUAGCUCUGAUCAACAUGAUGACUUUGAUUUUAUAUCAGGGACCCGCAUGCGCAAGCUGGCUCGAGAAGGACAAAACCCACCAGAAGGCUUCAUGGCUCCUAAGGCUUGGACUGUGCUAACAGAAUACUACAAAUCCUUGGAGAAGGCUUAGACCUCUUAUUAACUGCAGAUCAACCUUUGACGCCUGAUUUAUUUACGAGAAGGGGACCACACAGUCACGGUUCAUGUUGCUUUGUUGUGGUGUCUGUCAGGAAGUUCUCCUCUGGAAACAGACGCUUUCUCCCUAACUUAGCAUCAUUCUUUGCCUGUCCUUAUGGGUUCUAUUAUGUCCUGGCACCUAACUAUCUGCUGGUUUUAAUGUAUUUUAUUACAGUUAAUAUUCUUGAAGUAGGAUUUUUAACUCUUGUCUUUUUAAUAUUUUACUGCCUCUGUCCUAUGAGUUCUGCAGCUGUGAAAUAGACACAGCUUUUUUCGUAUGUUAUUUAAACUGCUGGGUAGUGUCUGGUUUUAGUGCUUUGUAGGAGAAAAUGUAAUGGUUAGACCUGUAAUUACAAGAAUCUCAAAGUAAGUUUUGAAACAUCUACAUAAGUGCCCUCAUCUUUAUUGCAUCAUCAUCUCCAGGAGCAAUUAACAUUAAUUUCUCAUUAUAUGUACUGAAAAAAAACAAAGAGGUUUUUAAAUGCAGCAUAAUUAAACUUUCUUUGCUUGCUUUGUUUAGUUUUGGAGUUCGCUGAGUUGUCCAGUGAUUCUUUUCUGCUGUGGGACCUGUAAAGAUGACCAAGUAAUGAAUAAAAGAAAAUAUCUAGUGUUUGCUUUGAAUUGAUAACUAAUCCAGAUUUUUUAAAUAUGUAUUUCUUGGCAUAGAUAUCAGUAGGGAACAUUUUAUUUCAUUUAAUAUAACUUGCAAGUUUAUGUUUCCGGUUAUACUUGUUCAGCUUACUAUAACUUUAGCAUUUGAAGUAUGGCAGACCAACCCUUAAUUAAUGCUUAAUAACUGCAAGAGAAAUGAAAAAAAAAAUCCUUAGAUGUUGGCAUUUCCUGUAGUAUUAAUGCUUAGUUCUGUGGUUACUUUACUGGCUGUUUUUCAAGGUCUCCAAAGAGCAAACUCCAUCUCUUCAUUAGUUGUUUUUUUUUUAAAGGACAAAGCAUAUGUUCUUUUUCUAGGAUUCUUCAAAAAUCCUCAAGUUGGUUAAUUGACUUUGUGAAACAUUAACUGUUAAGGGAAAACAUAAGAUUACAACCUUUUAAGUGUAAAGGAACACUCAGCUGGUGAGGUCUUCUCAAACACUUGCAGCUGAUUAUCUGGGACAAUCAUAAUCCCUGUUAGCUAGAAACUCAACCUUCUCACAGAAAAUCUUCUGCUGUUAAACUGCAUAUAGGAGGAACCAGCUCAAAAUUGGUUGUAGAAUGUUAAUACUGGCCUGCUGCUGGGCCUGAAUGGAACAUGUUUUUCUGGGUUUUUUUGGACUAGGGGAAGGUUGUGGUGAAAGGACCUGCAUAAUGAAUGGAAUGAAUGCUACUUUCAAUCUUUGUUUACUCGUUCACAGCAGUAAUGAAGACAAAUGUUUUCAGAAUUCCCUCCUUCUGUUUCCUCCCUUUGUGAGGAAUUUGAAGAGAUGUAGAAAGUGCCUUUAAAUGGAGUUCUUAAGUCUGAUAUAACAUAAGGCAGAAUUGGAAAAUGGCAAGAGAUGUUUAUUAGCCAACCAUAAUUACUUGAGACUAUGUUUUGAUAGUGUAAAGCUUCUCUUUAAAACUACUGAACAGAUUUUCUUCAAACUUGGCUUUUUUUAGAUUGUAUCAGUAUAUAGGAUGUGCAAAAUCCAGAGGAAAGAGUCAGUUAAUCUGUAUGCAGCUGUUCACACAAGACUUCAAGUUUAACUGUGAAUGCAAACAAGAAUUGUCAGCUACUAAAAUGGGAUUUGCUGUUGGAAGUUGGAGUUUGGACUCUUUGCUACCAGGUUUGAUUUUUCUGCUAGCUAAGAUGUAAAAUGAUACAAAUAUUUUGGCAGAGUAGCAAACACAGGUUAAAGUCCAUGUCCUAUAUGAAGUCUGGAAAAUAAGUGGGAGUGGUAUCAUGGGUGUGAAUAAAUUAGAAUCUAAUUGAAGUUAAUUUAGAAGGAGGAAUGUCUUCAAGCAAAUUGAAUGCAAUAAUAUCAAGCAGAUCUAGUUUUGAUACUUAGCUGGUUUGCUGCUGAGACCCUGUUGUUACAGUGUUUCUAGAAAGCAUUCCUUGCAAGGCUCCAUGUUAAAGAAGCUUUGGGGUUUAUUCUGACAUUAAGGCAGCAGCCACAGCAUUUCCAGCAUAAUGCUGAUUAAGAACAGGAGCAUCUGGUCAGCUUUUGGGCAGGACUCGCUCUCUACAACAAUACUUUCCUAUAUCAUACAAAUUUUCACUGUAGGGUUCAAUUUUUCCCUCGUGUCUGCAGCUGCCACAUUUAAGGAAGGUAUACUUAACAGGAAAGGCUACUCUAGAAAUUACUCUUUUGCUGAUGCCUUUCUUAAGCUUUUCUCUACCUUAUGUCAGUGGGUUGCAUUGUCAGUUGGCCAGCCCUAAUACUCUGGUUUUAACCGUAGCUUCAACUCAGUCAUUAAGGAUGCUGUGGCUUUUGAGUUUCUUUUGAGACAACAGUUGGCUGUCUUCCAGAAGGCAGUAAGAGGACUAAUGAGCUAGUGAUUGUUUUACCCACAACCUGUUCUAUCAUUGAAAAACAAUGAUCUCAGGAGCAUGCCAUAUUAAAAUAGUACUCUUGAACCAUGUGGUAGAUAUGAACACAAGCAGGACCUAACUGCUUCAUUGUCUCAUUUCUUAAGUUCCUAAAACAACUGUAAUUUUUUUAACUUGAAAAAUACUAAUAUAUAUGUGAACCACAAAUCUAAGCAGAUAAAGUCUUCUUUUUUAUAAAAACUGCAAAGUCAAACAUCCAGCUGUGUCCUUUUCCUAAAGGUCACAUAAAUAAUCAAAAGGUGUUUAUUGUUAAUUAAGGUGAAAGAUGUCCAAAAAUGUUUCCCUUGCCUCCCACCUUUUGCCUUUACAUGCAUCUACCUUAUCUAUGCAUACUACUUUUGCAAAAGGCAAUUCAUGGCUGUUAUCCUAUCCUUUUCUCUAGCCUCAGAGUGUUCAUUCACUUGUAACAAAUCACUCUGAUGUAUCAGAUAUGAGAUGUAUGAAAGUAAUAACACCCUCAGUUCAUAUGGUCAAUACAAAGUCUGCACCCAGCUUUCAAAAAUGGCAAGGAUUCAUGAGGUAGUUGGAGAUUACCAAACUAAUUCUCAGGGUUGAAUAAAUGGUACAGAAUGACCCUUUCUAGAUGAAAUUACUAAUUCCAGAUGAAUUUGAGUCCUGCAGUACCUAUGUGCAACUUUAGAAAAGGGCAAGUUUUUUUUAAAGAACCUCAAAACUGAGAAUUCUGUUUUCCUUUGUGAGUCUGGGUUUGACUAACAUGGAUGUUUGGGAUAACUUUUCAAGUAGAGUUCUACAGAUCAUCAUGGGAAAAUAGUAGAUGAAUGCCAAGGAAGCUGACUUCUAUCUGAUUUUUUUUCCUUUUUUUUUUUUCAGUAGAGGAUCUGAGCACUAACCACCCAGUAAUACAUCAGAGAUGUAAAAUAGAAAACAUAGACUAGGUCAUAGAUUGUUUUAAAUGCAGUUUGGAGCUAACCAAGCUUCUACAUCUGGAAUAAUUCAGUAAAAGUCAGAAAGAGGAGGAAAUGAGUGGAUGUCUUGGCAUGGUAGUGGAAAUAGAACAAGGCUACCAUAAGGUAUGUAGCCAAUGCUGUAAUUGUCUUCAGUUAGGAUCUCCCUUGCAUUUCAUAUUUCCUUCAUUUAGAAAAGUUCCACAAGUGAGUCUCACAAAGGGUUAAACUUACUGCCUUUCCAUACUAAAAAAGAAUAAAAGUUACUUUGAGCAUCCUCACCAAAUGCUUAACAGACUAUUCCAGAAACUUUCCACUUCCUCACACUUUAAAGGAGCUAAUCAAUGUGUUACACCUUUUUCACUGUAAAUGUUGACAGUUUCAAAACAAGUAUGUGUAUUUGUGUCACUUCUAUCUCUGGUCAUGAACCUUUAAGCCUCGUGCUAGGCAUUGUAGAAGAAAAAGCCCUCCUCUCUUCUUCCCCUUUCAGAUGGAAGAUACAUUUACUUGAUUUAUGACACCAUCUCCAAAGACAGGGAAAGAGAAAACAAUUCCUUCACUUAAUAUAAGGGAAUCCCCAGGAGAAAAAAAUAGACAGAAAAUGAACUGUCAUUUACCUUUGCAUGCUUGUCUGUUUAUCUGUCUAUAUGAAUGGGAUUUACUGUGGUGCUUGUAUGCUAGUAAGAAAUGUGUAGGAAUGGCAUUUCAUUCCUCAAAUCUGACACAGAAUCCUUCACCACUACCACUAAAAUAAUGAGAUGAGGGACAUCAGCCAGGAGUCAGUUGAACAAAUUAAAUGCUAGAAUGAAAGCAAAUGAUAGCUCAGAACUAGUAUUUUGUUGUUCGCUGUGAAUUGAUCUCAGAAACUUGAUUACCACAACUUCUGAUUUAGAUGCUGUUGAAGAGGAGAGUGAUACUUGUUCAAUGCUUUUCAUCUUUAAAGUUUUCACAAGAUGGAGCUGAGAUGCUCGAUUUCCAAGGGUUAAUUUAAAGCCUUCAGUGGCCAGUUCGUUGGCUAUGAGAGUUCCUUGCCAGCAGCCAAACAGGUGUUGGGUAAAACAUUUAAAGGAAGGCUGCUGGGGUUUCUCCUCAGUUGUGUUGUUUCACCUUGAAGAAAGCCUGAGGGAUAGAACAGCUUCUCUCACAAAAAGUUUUUGAUUAAGAAUAUAGCUGGAUCUUUACUAGGCUUUAGGAGUGUCCACUGAAGAUUAAUGUUUUUUGGUUUUUUUGUGCCUGCUGCAAAGUUUGUUUGAUCUUGUGGUAUUAUGAUUUUUUUACCUGCAUCAAUUUUUUGCUAUUUAGUCUUUAUUAGAAUUACUUCUUUAUUUAUGGGAGGGUAUGUCUGUACAUGACCCUGAAUCCUGCUUUCAGCUUUUCCAGAAUUGUUUGCCCUAGAAACCUCAUCUUGAUAGCAUUUUGAAGUUGAAAGACAACUCCACUGAAAGCUAGAAAAUCCAUCUUUCAGCCCACAUGUGAAAUUCCUAGACAGUAAAUGGCUGCCACUUAAAACAGAGACUAGAGAGGUUUUCAUAUUAAAUAAAGCUCGAAGAACCUUACAUCCAGUGUAAGGACUGUCACCCAACCUUCACAUGAAAAUCCAUGCAAACAGUCUUUGAAAGUGCCAUGGUAGUCAGGACACUACCAACUACCUGUUUGUGGAGAUUUAAAAACAAAAACCAGUUUCACUAUAAACUUCAGUGGGGUAAAAAUAGUGCCCGAAUAUUACUUCUAUCCUCUGCAAACAAAGCUGUUUUGUCUGUGAAAUCCUGCACUUGUUGCUCUGAAUUGCAUCUUAUGAGAAUACAGUUUGGCCAUAUCUCCACUUAUUUUCAUCUCUUAACUGCAGUUAUGAUUGCAAGGAAGAAACUCCUAGUCUAAGCUGUCAGUUUUCAGUUUUCACUAAGUACCUGCACAUCUCCAGGCUUUCCACCCACAUAACCAGUGUCUGAAUUUUUGUGGUCUAAACCAAUUACUUCUGUAAUGACUGAUUGUGAAGUUUGUUGCAAUAUUUGUGAUGAGAUAGAGAAGACACACCAAUAUCCAUGUGUGAAUAUUUCAUGAACAUCUUUGGUGCAUUUUAUGUAUUACAAACUAUGCAAUUUGUUCCCUGCUCAUCUAACAGGGAAACAUUUCUAUGAUUUCAGAAGAGCCUCUCAGAGAAAGAGAAAACAUUCAGGCUUUUGUACUAUUAAAUUGAUUAAAUCAUCAGCUUUUUCAAAGACAUGGCAUCAGAAGAGCCUCUGUGACCCAUAAACAAUGGGUUCAAAUUGGUUGCCAGCUGUAGAAUGUAAAGCUAUAGCUGGGUUGUUUGCAGGAUUGCUCACAUGCCAUGGAGUUCUGCCUUGUUCAUAGUUCAGCUACCACCUGUGGAAAAUAGUAUUUUGAUAAUUUGACUAAAUUGUUUCCACACAAUGAAGUCAAUCAUGAGACAAUAUCAUGUUUAAGCAUAACAUUCCAUGAGGAGAAGGCUUAGCACUAUUCUAGUUUAUGUUUAAACUAGGAUACAGUGUUAUAUGAGCAACAAUUUCCUAUCAUACUAUGUGACAACAGCAAUAAACAUGCCAUCAGAGUCAGCAUCAGAAGUACAGUGCAACAUUUUAAGUAGUACUGACACUUCUUUAUUAGAGACAGCUAUAAAUAACUCCUUUGUUCCUUAUUUCUUAAAAGAAAAAGACUUUUUGUUCUGAAAACUGGAAAUCUGUUUGCCUUACUUGGUAGUUAGACACUCAGAAUGGCAGGGAUCUUUCAGAGGCUUUUUUUCUGUUUUGCUAUGAGUAUUUUUAAAUGCAUGCACACUUCUGAGCUCCAUGAUUAAAUGGCUUUGCAAAGAAGAUUAAUGCUUUAAAGGAUAUUUUGUAAACAUUUUUAGCUCUUUAAGUAGUUUGGUCAAUUUUCCUUUUACAAAGAACACAAUGUCUUAUGCAGAGAUUGGAUACAGAAUCUUCAUCAACUCUUAAACAUCUCCAGCUAGUUUUCUUUUAAUACAAGAUUUUGGCUCUUUCCUUCAUGCUGCAUGGAUAUAUUGUCAAAUACUUAAAUAUGCUGGAGAAAAAUGUACUUAAAGAUGGUGAGUUGAUGGGGCAGAGUUCCAAGACAGCCUCUUUCAAGCACUAACAAUAAAAGACUACAUCUUGUAAUGUGCAAUUCUUUCAAAAGAACAUUGUGCCUUUUCUGUAAUCGUGGUUGUCAUAUAAAUCCCAAUCAAAGCAGCAUGUUCUGUCUAAAAGAUGUGCAGAAAGAAAUGAGCAUUCUUCAGUCGGUGGUUUUCUGGGGAAAAUAAACACCUCCUUUUUCACAUUUUUAGUGUUCUUGAAAAAAUGGCACAUAAAUGUCCUGAUCUUUCAAAUUUUUUACUUAAAUAUGUCUUGAUGAGGGACCAGCAUCUUCAAAGGUUACAAUGAACUGAAAAUCAUGUUCUAUGUAGACCAAACCUACACUGGACAGUUUCAGACAAGCAAAACAAUGUUUAAGUCAUUUGGACAUACUUGAUUUACAUUUUUCAUCUAUAUGUAACUUGCAGCAGUGCAAUAUUUUAGAUUUCUAUACAUAGUCAUGUAACUAAGGAAAGAAAAUCCAAACUAUGCAUUCUUGGUUUGAUUAUUAUCCUACACAUGUUGGUAGAUCUUGAAACUAAUGAUAAAGAGAUAGACUGAUUUUGUGAUGUUAACUCUGGAAGACAUGAUUGUUGUUCAUCCAUGUGAACUUGAAGAAAUGUCUGACUGCCUAUGGGGAAAUGAAUCCAGUUGUAUUGAUGGGCUGCAGACUGCAUGCUAGAGACACUUUUAUUUUGACAAAAAAGGGCUAAUUCACUGUUUUCUUAAAUGUGAAACAAAAGGGGGGGUCCAAAGAAACAGGCUUCUCUUAACUAGUCACAUAAAGACAAGAGCAUAAACUUGCAAAGUAAUCCAUAGAAAUUAAAGAUGGUCUGCCCACUGAAAUGGAGACAUUUGUGCCUUUGUGUGUCCCAAGAGAGACUACCACUAAUGUGAAGAAUUCCAGCACUGAAGAAGAUUUUAUGCAGCAUGAAUUUAUUACACAUUUCAUGAUUCUUAUGGAACUUUCAAUGUCUGCUCAAUCUCCAUGUGCAAUUUUAAUAAAAUAUGUGCUUACAGUA